CUUCAAUGAAGUAACAUGGUCAUGAUCUUGAUACUAGGCCUGUGUUUGAUUAUUGGAUGGCGUGUGAGUGGAACAUGCGAAAAGGGAUUUGUCUUUCAGAAUGAAGAAUGCGUAGAUAUUAAUGAGUGUGUGGAUGGAACAAACGCAUGUAACCUCACUCAGACCUGUGAGAACACACCUGGCUCUUUCAAGUGUGUCUGCCUUGAUGGUUUUAGGCAGGGACGUGGUGAACUGGCCUGUGAAGACAUGAAUGAAUGUUGCGAGUCUGAUGUUCCUGUCUGUGGUCUUAAGGCCCAGUGCAUCAACUCAAUAGGCAGCUACUACUGCGGAUGUAAUCCAGGAUAUGUAUCAAAUACAGAGAAGGUGUUUAUAACAGAUGGCCAUUGCCAAGAUAUAGAUGAGUGUAGGGAUGGAAGUCAUAUAUGUGCGCCUAGUCUGACCUGUGAGAACACACCUGGCUCUUACAACUGUGUCUGCAGUGACGGGUUUAGACAGAGAUUUCUGUAUGAAUUUGGAUAUGGACUGGUCUGUGAAGAUGAGGAUGAGUGUAUGGCGAUUCUUCCUGUGUGUGGCACACAUGGCAACUGCACAAACACCCCAGGCAGCUACACCUGCACCUGUCCUGAGGGCUUCAGGAACCCCAAUAAUAACAGCACCAGAACCCCUUGCGAAGAAUGGGUCAAUGUAUUGCAACAGAAAUGCAAGAAGGCUGAUAAUGUCUGUAAGCUGAAAACCCUGCAGGAUCUGACGAAGAACUUGACAGAGUCUUCCAGAGUUUCACCUCCUGUUUUGUUCCGAUCAUUGGACGUGUUGCUGGAAGCUCCCCCGGUGGGUCAAGAGGAUGUUGUGGUCCAGCUUAUUGAGAAGCUGGUGCAGAACGUGCAGACCUCCUCUUUCACCACGGAACACACGGAACAUCUCACAUACAACAAUACAGAGGUGGACAUCAUGCAUUUAGGACCAAACACUUCCUUAACUGGGUCCUUGCAGCUGAAGACUGUUGGCAUAGUUCUUGAAAUUGAUCUUCUGGCGAUCGCACAAAACAAUAAUGGUUCAGCAUCAGUGGUCCUCUUAACUUCCAACCACAUGCACACUGUCUUCAACAACAGCCAUUUCCGUGCAAGAAAUGCUAAACGUACAUACAUGGGUGCCAAAGUGGUGUUAGUCAUCUUGCCCCAAGUAAUGGUCAAGAGGCUGUCCAAGCCAAUCAUCCUGACCUUGCAACACUUUAACGUCUCAGACCCAGCGGAUGAGCCUGCCUGUGUGUACUGGAGUGAGGGUGCUUGGGUCACGGACGGCUGUUCUGCAAGCGAGUCCAACUCCACACACACGGUGUGCUCCUGUAGCCACCUGUCCACCUUUGCACUGAUCAUGCAGACAAACCCGAACACUGAGACCGAUCCCGUUGUAGAGGCACUGAGUGCAUUUUUCGUGCUGGUUGGCCUCGUCUUCCUGACCGUUGCCGUGUUGACCUUUGCCCUCUGCCGGAGGAACUCCCGAGUGUCCAACAUGGCGCGGCUCAACCUCUCUGUGUGCCUGCUGCUGGCUCACGCCCUCUUCCUCCUCACUCAGACGGCCAUCCGACUCAUCCAGCCACACAGGGUCCUGUGCAAGCUGCUGGCCGGCAUGCUCCAUUUCCUCUUCCUGUGUUGUUUCGUGUGGAUGUCCGCCGAGGCCGUGCUGCUCUUCUUGUCUGUCCGCAAGCUGCGGCAGAUCAAGGCCAAGAACCGCACUGGCCCGCACUGGCGAUACAAGCUUCUGAUUGGCUAUGGGAUCCCACUGGUCAUCGUGAGUGUGUCUGCGAUGGCUAUGCCUGACGGACAUGGAAGUGAGAAGUGCUGGCUGGUGACAGAGAAAGGAUUCAACUGGAGUUUUCUUGGUCCUGUCUGCUUAAUCCUCACUGGAAAUAUCAUAUUCUUCAUCAUGAUCUUCAUCACCAUCCAUACUACUCUGAGGGCAAACUGCAGUGAAGCCUCUAAGGUCAAAUACACCAGACUCCUCCUGUUUAAAAUCAUGGCCCAGUGUGUGAUCCUCGGCUGCCCCUGGAUAUUUCUGAUGGCGUCAGAGAAGAGUAGAGUGCUGGAGCUCCUCUUCGUCUUCCUCACCUCCCAGCAAGGAACCGUCAUCUUCCUCAUCCACUGUCUACUCAACAACGAGGUGCGCAAGCAGUACGCCACCUGGUGGAAGAAAUGUGGCCUGAGCAGUAAGCUCCCAGGGACCUCGGCCUCUGGCCACCUCACAACAACUCGGUCCUGCAGCGACUCACAGACUGGUGAGACCUCUCUGCACACUGCCCAGCAGACUGAUGCCGACAAAGAGAAAAGUGGAUGAGGAAGCCACUCAAUUGGUUACAAUAAACAAUUACUUUAUUGUAGGACAGAAGUUAAAUAGGUGAAAUUCACAGUGCUCAGCUAAAUUUUCCAUACCUCUCAGAACUUUCUAUUCUUUGUGUGUUCUAAAAAAAAGCAUUAUUUGGAUAACGGCUCUGGAUCUGUAAAUGGAAAGCAAUCAUUGUGACAUGGACCGAGCUAUGAGUCAUUCUAGUGCAUCAGAGCAAUUUUCUUGGCAUCUGAGUCCAAAUUACCAACUUUUUGCCAAGAUAAUACACUUCCUAAACUGUUCCAUUGGUCCAAAACCUGUGUCAUAUUUGCUAACUUGUAGACAUUUUGAUUAAAUUAUUAUAUUUCUUUGCUUAAUGCAGUCUUAUUCAUUUUUAAACAAAAACAAAAAAGGUUUAACUAUUGUAAUGUUCAUAUAUUCGGUAAGUCGCUUUGGAAAAAGUAGAGAGCGAAAGUAGUGGGCGAAAUCCUUUUAAGAAAUGUGCGCACAACAUCAGUUCCCUUCGUUACAUGGGCAGAGAAGGCUGAAAAGCCCCCUAGAGGUGGUGACCAUGAGCGACUACUACCAUAACCAUAACCAUCAAUUAUUAGAAUUGGUGAUUCAAUUGUGGCAGACAAAAAAAUAAUUUUAAAAAGUAUGAACUAGAAACUGAUUUUGUGAUUAAAAUAUAUUUUAUAAUUAGAUGCAAAUGUGAUCUUUAAGUCCAAUCAAUCCUUUUGAUAGCUUGAUUUUUAGAAAUAUAAUAUAAAAUGUUGCACAGUACCAGAGCGAGCAUAUGUGUUUUAUUUUCAUUUUCUUAACUUCAUAAAUGUUUUCCUAUUAGAAUAAUUCUGUUAAUAUUGUGAUCAGAAUUUUAGUAACCUAUACUUCUAUGAGUAAAGUUUUCCAUUAAAAUUGUCAUGGUCUGUCUUUAGAAAGUGGAUGAGGAAGCCACUCAAUUGGUUACAAUAAACAAUUAGUUUAUUGUAGGACAGAAGUUAAAUAGGUGAAAUUCACAGUGCUCAGCUAAAUUUUCUAUACCUCUCAGAACUUUCUAUUCUUUGUGUGAUCUAAAAAAAAGCAUUAUUUGUAUAACGGCUCUGGAUCUGUAAAUGGAAAGCAAUUAUUGUGACAUGGACCGAGCUAUGAGUACUUCUAUGAGUAAAGUUUUCUAUUAAAA